CCGUCGCAACCAACAAGCCACACACGCCAAGAGGCAUUCCCCGAGCCAGCGAUCUUCUCGCCGCACUUCACACGGUUGUUCGUGCACGUGCCACGCCCCGAGAAACCGUAACUCACCACGCAGAGCUGGGCUCUCAUUGUUUAAGUGAGAUAUUCACAGUCGCAUCCGUCGUCGAGAUGGUUGGGAGCAGCCCGAUGCAGGCGGUGCUGGUGGCGCCGGGGGUGAAGGACAAGAAGGUGCUGGCGUUCCGGCGGGACGCGCUCAAGGAGAAGGACGCCGUCGCCGCGCUGAUGCGCACCAUCGCAGCCGGCGGCGUGCGGAGCGCCUUCUACGUCUUCGACCUCGCCCGGGUCGUCGACCUGUACCGCGGCUGGCGCCGCGCGCUCCCCGGCGUGCGCGCCUGCUACGCCGUCAAGUGCAACCCGGAGCCGGCGCUGCUCGGCGCGCUGGCCGCGCUCGGGGCCGGCUUCGACUGCGCCAGCCGCAGGGAGAUCGAGGCCGUGCUCGCGCUCGGCGUGCAGCCCGGCAGCAUCGUGUACGCCAACCCGUGCAAGCCCGAGGCGCACCUCGAGUACGCCGCUGAGGUGGGCGUCAACCUCACCACCUACGACUCCGAGGAGGAGGUGAUCAAGGUGAAGCGCUGCCACCCGGGCUGCGAGCUCAUCCUCCGCAUCAAGGGCCCGGACGGCGGCGAGGCCCGGGUGGACCUCGGCACCAAGUACGGCGCGCACGAGGACGAGGUCCUGCCGCUCCUCCGCGCCGCCCAGCGCGAGGGGCUCAACGUGGCUGGCGUGUCGUUCCACGUCGGCAGCGGCGCGUCCAACACGGACGUGUACCGGGGCGCCAUUGAGGCCGCGCGCGGGGUCUUCGACGCGGCAGCCGGGCUCGGCAUGCCGCCCAUGCGCGUGCUCGAUAUCGGCGGCGGGUUCAUGGCCGGCCCGGCGUUCGACGAGGCGGCCGCGGUCAUCAACGCGGCGCUCGAGCGUUACUUCGGGGAGCUUCCCUGCGUGGAGGUGAUAGGCGAGCCGGGGAGGUACUUCGCCGAGACCGCCUUCACAAUGGCGGCGCGGGUCAUCGGGAAGCGCACUCGCGGCGAGGUACGCGAGUACUGGAUCGACGACGGCCUCUACGGCACCCUCAGCUGCAUCCCCAUGGACCACUACGUGCCCCAACCGAGGCCGCUCGCCGUGCCGCGCGCCGGCGAGAAGACGUACACGUCGACGGUGUUCGGGCCGACGUGCGACUCCCUCGACACGGUGGUGACCGGGUACCAGCUGCCAGAGAUGAGCGUAGGGGACUGGCUCGUGUUCGACGACAUGGGCGCCUACACCACCGCCUCCGGCUCCAACUUCAACGGCUUCUCCACCUCGGACAUCAAGACCUACUUGGCCUACUCAAGCUGAUAUGGAACUUAUGAUGUGGCCACGUACUACGUAGCACACGCCAUUCGAUUUGUUUUCGCAGUACAAUGAAGAGCUGUAAUUAAGCUCGUACACAAUGUAUGUGCUUUUGUUUGUUCUAUUUUUUAUUUUAAUUAGGUAUAUAUAUAUCCAAUGUGGAUCGUUAUUCUAUUGUUUCCUUAAACGAAACUUUCUUAAAAAAAUCGAGAAAUUUCCAAUCUA